AUGGCGCGACUGUGCCAAGAUGGCGAACGGCUGUCGAUGCUAUAUUUUUAUCGCCUUCAAUUACUCCUAAAAACUACAAGCCGUAGCUCAGUAUAAUUUGGUCUAAAAGUAUUUGAUCCUAUUAACAAUGAUCAUCAUGCAUUCGCUUGAAAGGAUCAUUAUAUCCUUAUUUUUGUUAAUAAACUCUUGUCAAAGAACAAUAACUGUUUCGGCUUUACCACCUGAGCCCACAUCUAAGCCUAUUGUUCUCUGGCAUGGAAUGGGUGAUAGUUGCUGCUUCUCUUUUAGUCUUGGACAGAUCAAGAUUAUACUGGAAGAUCAGAUUCCAGGGGUAUACGUCAAGUCUAUAAUGAUUGGACAGGAUGAGAUACAGGAUGUCGAGAACAGCUAUUUUAUGAAUGUGAAUAAGCAAAUCGAUCAAGUUUGCCAAGAAUUGUCAGAGGACAGGAAUUUGCAAGAUGGAUAUAAUGCCAUUGGCUUCUCACAAGGAUCACAAUUUUUGAGAGCCAUUGCUCAACGAUGUCCCAAUCCUCCUAUAUUGAAUCUGAUAUCUCUGGGUGGACAACAUCAAGGGGUUUAUGGUUUACCAAAUUGCGGUUCGCUGGAACAUGUACUAUGUGAUUAUCUACGACGUAUGCUCAAUUAUGGAGCAUACUACAAGUUUGUUCAAGAGAGAUUAGUGCAGGCAGAAUACUGGCAUGAUCCCCUUCGGGAGAAUGAGUACAAGAAGUACAGUAUUUUCCUGGCAGACAUUAACAAUGAACUGACUAUCAAUGAGACGUAUAAGGACAAUUUGAAAAAGUUGAAAACGUUCGUUCUCGUGAAAUUUGAAAACGACACCAUGGUUCAACCGCGAGAAUCCGAAUGGUUUGGUUUCUAUAAACCAGGACAGGCUGUUGAGUUGGAAACAUUACAGGAGUCAAAGUUAUAUACCGAGGAUCGUCUCGGGCUCCGAGAGAUGGACAAAGAUGGUAAAAUACAUUUUCUCUCAGUGAAUGCCAAUCAUUUACAAUUCACUGACGUGUGGUUCAUCGAGAACGUUAUCAAUCAAUAUUUAAUAUAAUUAUUCACUUAAUUAAGACGAACAAUGAUGGUAAUAUUCUACAUGCUAUCCCCAGCUUCGGCAAUACGUAAUAAAAUCGUAGGAUCUUUGUGAUAAUUCAUAAGCCAGUAGCCUUAACACCUAAGAAAUUUUAAUAUUUUGUUAUAUCAAUUAAUUAAAUAUCGUUUUUAUUAAAUACAUUUUUCUACGCAUUGUUAAUCAUUUCUAUUGUAUCUAAAUUGAAUAAAUCAUCCUUAUCGGAGCAAAAUA